AUGGCGAAAAGAGAUCGAGCAGAUACGAAAGAGACUCCAGUAUACGAUGAGGAUACGAAGUUCACAUUGAAAUUUUUUCAUGGAGGGGAGAUGAUUGAAAGCUUGUCAAGGUAUUACAGAGGGGGCUUUGUAGAUUAUUUUGAUGGUGUUGAUGGGGACAUGUUGGGUCUUAUUGAAAUGAAUGAUUUUGCCAAACAAUUAGGUUAUGAGGAGCAAAAUAUUAGGUUUUGGCAUCAAUAUGGUCAUUCAUUGUAUAGGGGAGCAAAAAUCUUGUCCAGUGAUUCUGAUGUGCUUGAUAUUAUGAAGUUUAUUCCUCUUAAUAGAGAGGUUCUCAUUUACAUUGAACAUUUAAACCAUCCACAACCUAUGCAGCCUUCUAGUUUGCCUUCUAGUUUACCUUCUACUUUGCAUGAAGAUGAAGAACCUGUUCUUGAUUUUUCCUUUCUUGAUGACAUUAACACAGCAACACCACAAACAGAAGAACACUCUGAUCCAAUUGUAGAACAUAAUAGUGAUGGUCAUAGUGACAGUGAUGAUAGUGAUGUGUUAAUUGAUUCUGAGUAUGACAUGAUGGAGGAUGAUAGGUUGUAUGAGAAAUAUGUUGAUCAUGAUGUUGAGUUUGUUGGCUUAGGUAAGAGUUCCCACCCUCUGAAAAACAUGUUGGGAGAUGAAGUUAGUUCUAGAUUAGAAGGGGACACAUUAGAACCAGUCAAUAGUAGUGAUGAGCUUGAGAGUUUGGUUGGUUCUGAUGAAGAUGACUUGUGCAUGCCAAAGUACCCCAAGUACAACCCUACUACAGAUAGUAGGAAGCCAGCCCUUAAAUUAGGACUGGUUUUUAGUACCAAAGCAGAGGCAAAGUCUGCCAUUGAGACUUACUGCUUUAGGGCUGGGAAGUCAAUUUUCUUUGAUAGGAAUGACAGCAGAAGGCUUAGGGCAAGGUGCAAGACUGAUGGUUGUGAAUGGAAAGCAUAUGUUGCUCCAAUGCAACAUGGCAGUACUUGGCAAGUUAAGCACCAGAGGAGUGUGACAUGCAGAGUUUGUGGAGAACAUGGCCACAAUGCUAGAAAGCAUAAGAAGGCUGACCAAAAUGAAGAACAAGAGGAGAUCCCAGUGAGUGAAUCUCAGCCUCCACCAGCUACUGACAAUGUUUUCUCAAGUCAGUCACUUGCACCAACACCUGCAAACAACAACAAUGAUGUUGAAGCUAGCAGAAAUAGGUCUCAGGAAAAGACAAGAACAACAAGGAAGAGAAAAAGCAGUCAGUUGGAUGGAAAUGGCAAUGAGGAUCAAAGACAGACUGUCAAUGUCACUCAAUCUGAGGGAGUCACUUGUCCUGUUGUGGUGAAAGGAGGUGUGAAUUACAUAACAGUCUCCAACAUCAGAGCUGCUUUGAGGCCAAGGAAUGGGGCAGCUCCUGGUAAGGACAAGGCUGCAAACAAGUAA